AUGUUACGAAAUUUGGGAAAAAACACUUUAACGAUCAAACGUACUCUCAUGGCAUCCAGCGUGAGUUUAAGCAAGCCAGUUCUGUACAAUGUGCAGGAUACGGCACGUGUUAUAACCUUGAACAGGUCCAAGAAGCUGAAUGCUCUUAAUGGGGAGAUGUGUGAGUCCAUGUUUGCGACUCUGAACGAGUACGCCAAGAGCGAUUGUGCCAAUUUGAUUAUGGUAAAAUCUGCGAAUCAGCCAAGAUCUUUCUGCGCAGGUGGUGAUGUUUCCUUCGUGGCCGAAAGCAAUUCCAAUGGUCGGGCUGAAGAGUCUGCUCAGCUUUUCACAGCAGAGUAUUCGUUGAACUUUCAAAUGGCCACUUAUCAGAAGCCAAUCGUCACUUUUAUGGACGGUAUUACAAUGGGUGGAGGUGUUGGUUUAUCGAUUCAUACGCCUUUUAGGAUUGCUACAGAAAAUACCAAAUGGGCUAUGCCUGAGAUGGAUAUAGGUUUGUUCCCCGAUGUGGGUACAACGUUUGCCAUGCCAAGAGUUAUCACGCUAGCUAACGCCAACGGACAAAUGGCUUUGUAUUUGGCCUUAACUGGUGAUGUGAUUAGCGGCGAGGAUGCCUAUAUUUUGGGAUUGGCCUCCCAUUAUGUCAAGCACGAUAGUUUGGCUGAUUUGGAAACAAGGUUGGCGGAAAUAAAGACACUCAAGGAUGGAAGCGCAUCCGAUGAAUCUUUUUUCACAAUGGUUGAUAAUGCCAUUGAAGAAUUUGCUAGUCAGUUACCCAAGGAUCAUAGUUUUAAGUUCUCUAAUGAGAAACUGAAUGUGAUCGAAUCCUGCUUCGAUAUCAGCAAGAUCACUUCUGUCAAACAAGUCUUACAAAAAUUGGAUGAGAUUAUCAUUAACAAUUCAGAUGCAAGCCAGGAAUCAAAGCAGUUUGCUAGUGAAAUCAAGGGAAAGCUUUCGACCAAAUCACCAACUUCUAUGCAAGUGGCUCUAAGGCUACUGCAAGACAAUUCUAAGGACAACAUCGAAUCUGCAUUGAGGAGGGACCUUUACACCGCUACAAAUUUUUGUAUGGCAGUGAAGAAUCCUGAAUCCGGUGUUGAGUUUUCAGAAGCUACGAUUCACAAACUGAUUGAAAAGCAAAAGGCACCAUACGCAUGGAAAACCAAGCUCGACGAUCUUUCUCCAUCUCAAAUUACAUCUCUAGUAUCCCCAAAGCCUUCCAUGCCCGUUUCGCUGUGGAGAAACUACGCAAAUGUCACCUGGAAACAGUAUCCACAUCAUUUGAAAUACCAGUUACCGACAGAGACCGCUAUUAUGAAAUAUAUCACAGGUCAGGAUGGCCGCAAUAACUCGCUCUCUAUCUCAAAGGACGAAGUCAUCUCACAUUUUACAAACUUUAAUCAAACGACAAGAGGUAAAAUAGGUGUCGACAAGCUUUGUAGAAUGGUCAUCCAAAGAAAAUGCACGGUCGAUGAUGCAAACGCUUUAAAGUGGAAGAAUUGA